GCGGAAGUGUGUCGCAGUGUAUUGUGGGUAGCUUGGAGAGGGAGUGUUUCCUGCUUCUUCUCGGUCCUGUCCCAGUAGAACCAGUACAGAACCAGUGUUCCCACUGAGCCCAGUCCGCCCAGCAGACAGAGACAGAGUCCGGGCAGGAGGCCGGAAGUUCCCCCGGGACAGACGGAAGGACAGACGGAAGAUGGCGAAGACCUACGACUAUCUGUUCAAGCUGCUGCUGAUCGGUGACAGCGGCGUCGGUAAGACCUGCCUGCUGUUCCGGUUCAGCGAGGACGCCUUCAACACCACCUUCAUCUCUACCAUCGGAAUCGACUUUAAAAUCAGGACGAUCGAACUGGACGGGAAGAAAAUCAAACUUCAGAUCUGGGACACCGCUGGUCAGGAGAGGUUCAGGACCAUCACCACAGCCUAUUACAGAGGAGCCAUGGGCAUCAUGCUGGUGUAUGACAUCACCAACGAGAAGUCUUUUGAUAACAUCAGGAACUGGAUACGCAACAUUGAGGAGCAUGCGUCUUCAGACGUGGAGAGAAUGAUUCUGGGAAACAAAUGUGACAUGAACGACAAGAGACAAGUGUCCAAGGAGAGAGGAGAGAAGCUGGCAAUUGAUUACGGGAUCAAGUUUCUGGAAACUAGCGCCAAGUCGAGCAUCAACGUGGAGGAGGCCUUUUUCACCCUUGGCAGAGACAUCAUGACCAGACUCAACAGGAAGAUGAACGACAGCAACCCGUCAGGAGGAGGCGGACCCGUCAAGAUCACAGAGUCACGCUCCAAAAAGAGCUUCUUCAGGUGCUCCCUGCUGUAGCUGCUCCUCCUGCUCCUGCUCCUCGUCCUGCAGGAGGACACACCUGUGGAGACAUGAGGAGCGUCUUCAUCAGAACCUUCUGGAACGUUUCUGCUUUUCUCUCAGCUCACAGCUCCUCCUCCUUCUUCUUCUUCUUCUGUUCUAAACUCUGCGUCACUGCAGCAGGUGAGGACGACACCGCAGCCACCACGAUGAUGAUGAUGAUGAUGAAGAGGAGCAGCUGGUGUCAGGCUGUGAGACGUCUCACUCUGUUUCAUGUUUUAUCUUCAUUUAAAUUCUGCAGCAGAAAAAAAAAAAGAACUCAGAGUUGAACCAAAGAAGUGACGUCAGAAGCUGCAGCUCAUCGACACGUCAACACAUCCGUGUGUGUUUGUGUCAUACAUGUGUCAUUAUUAUGAGUGACAUCACUGACACAUUUAAUGAGACACACAGGAGCUAAUCAAUCAAUCAAUAAUGAGAAUCUAAAGUUACAUCAGUUUCAUGUUAACGACUCGUUUCUGUUCAUUAACGUGAUUUAAUUCAUGCGUCACAGUGUCAGCUCAGAUUAUUGAACAAAAACACAACUAAUAAUUUCAUCUUUUAAAUUCACUUUAAAUGUGUCAAUAUUCAAUAAUCAGUAAUUAAACUGAUCUGAUUCUGAGCAGAGAGAAUUCAUCACAUCAUAAAUUAAUAUCAGACAAACAUGUAAACAUCCUGUUUGUAUAUAAACAUCCUGUUAAAGGGAUCAAACACAUCUGAUCAUGUUAAUAAUCAUGUUCAUUGAUUGUCUCUUCAGAGACUCCGCCCCCUCCACACCUGUACUAACACACAUCAGUGAUCUGAUCACAGGUGGACGGCUGGGACAUACUUACAGCCCCGCCCACAGUUAUGACAUCACACUUCUGUUAGCGUGCUAGCUCGUCACGUUAGCAUCGUGUUGUACAGCUGGUGACAUCAGCAGAGUUCAACACGAGGACAAAAUGAGGGACGGUCACACAACACUUUGUCCAACUGGACAUGAAAUAAAAUGAAAUGUGGAAGUUAUCGAGCGGCAGCCGGCGUCACCAAAACAACCGCCACAUCCUGCACCGAUGACGUGUCAGGGACGCGUCAGGACGGAUUAGUGGUUACAUCACAAAGUGUCCAAUGUGUCCUUCGUCUCAGAUCACAGUGCAUCCUGGUGGUCGUUGACGCUCGUAUUCAGCCCCGUCCACGUGUGGUCUGAUCACCUGACGUGUGUUGGUACCAGGUCUGACCUGUCGUGUCCUUUAAUCCUUCAUCCUGAUGCUGUGACAUCGGCUUGUUCAUGAUGUCAUGAUGUUAAACUGACAUCAUCAUGAACGUCGCUCGGCUCUGAUAUUAAUGAUGUCAUGAGUUUGUGUUUACGGUGCAGCAGAGGAUCAGGAUUAAAGCAGCUGACAGGAAGUCUGACACACCUCAAACUGCGACUGACCUUCAGACGAGUCGAAGUUUCUUCCUGUGAGACAAAAAGAAGAGUUUUGUUACUGCGACAUGUUUCUGAUGUUUCACUGAACACACAGGAAGUGAACACGUGUUGUAACCAACGCUGUGGCUCAAACGUCAACACUCCGUUCUUCAUUUCAUUCAUUUCUCCUCGUCAGACUCUGAAGCUCCUCGUCGCUCCACAUCUGAUCCAUGACAUGUUCACUUCUCUCACAACUAAAAUCUGCCGCCUUGUGACGACGUUUAAACUGAACACGACCGCUGACCCUAAGAAGAGACGUGAUGUGUUCACUGUCUGCAGCUCGGCCGUGAGGCGUUCAGUGAUGUGUUCGCUGUCUGCAGCUCUGCUGUGUGGCGUUCAGUGAUGUGUUUGCUGUCUGCAGCUCGGCCAUGAGGCGUUCAGUGAUGUGUUCGCUGUCUGCAGCGCGGCCGUGAGGCGUUCAGUGAUGUGUUCGCUGUCUGCAGCGCGGCCGUGAGGCGUUCAGUGAUGUGUUCGUUGUCUGCAGCUCGGCUGUGUGGCGUUCAGUGAUGUGUUCGCUGUCUGCAGCUCGGCCGUGAGGCGUUCAGUGUCUGCUGUGUUUCUGUGCUUUAACUGAAAUAACUGCUGCUUUUCUAUAUUUUUAUAUUUGCUCUCGUUUGUUGACAUGAAACCACUCGAGGAAAAAAAACUAACAGAAUUUUAUUUUUUAACAUUUUUUAUUCAGCUUUUUGUUGAAAUUCUUAUUUUUGUAUGAAUCUGAAAAGUUUCAGGUGAUAAAGAGUUUUAUUCAGUUUAUGACUUUAAUCUUUUCUGCAGCGCGUCACCUUCACUCAUUCAUCAGAAUUAUUACACUCAUUGUAUUAAUCAUUCAUCACUUCAUUACAUCUGGAUUUAAAUGAUUUAUUAACUCAAAGAAAAAUCAAUUAAUAAUUCUGCUUCCUCUGAAUUUAAAUAUAAAUAUUAAUUGUUGAGGAACAAACAAAGAACGAGGACGAAAUAGAGAAUAAAAAGUUUGAAUUCUUCUGAACGAAGGAAUCAGAAUUAUUGAUUAUUUUAAUCACUGUGUUUUUGUUUGUUUUUGAGUUUGUGUUUGAAAUAUUUACAUUUUUUACAGUGUUGUUUGUUUGUUGUUCAGAUGUUGAAGGAAAAAAGUUUUUGUCCAAACUGAAAUAUCUGACGUGUUAAAACUGUUUCCUGUUUACAGACUCAGUAUUAUUAUUAUUAAUAUAGUUAUUAUCACUGUUUUUAUCUCCUGUGGAUUUUUUCAGCUGCACUUUAUGUUCUGUGUUUUUGCUUCUUCUGAUAAAAAGGUGCUUUAACUUGUCGACAUGUGUCCCCCCGAUCAAUACUGAACCAAUACUGAAUCAAUACUGAACCAAUACUGAACCAAUCAGCACUGACGGCUCAAAAGUGAUGUUCGUGUCUUUUUAAUUUCAGGUUCAUUUAUUAAUAAUUCUCUGAGGAUGUUUCCUUUAUUCUCCCUCUGAUUAAUCAAUAAGUCGAUCAAUCAAUCAGCUGUUUGUGUUCAUGUUUCAUAAAUUCAUUAAAAAUCUGAUUUCAUCAACUCAUUUAAAGUGAUGAAGGAACAAUCAGCUAAGCAAUCAAUCGGUGAGUCAAAUAAAACAAUGAAUGACAUCACUUAAAGAAAACAAAAAGUCAAAUAAAAAAUUAAAAAGUUUGGUUUUAUCAGAAACACACACACACACACACACACACACACACACAUAUAAAUAUAAAUAUAUAUUUUGGGGAACACAAACAGCUGCCAGUGUUUAUAGGUGAGCAGCUGAUCAAUAGCUAAUAAUGAUCAGUUGACUGGUUGUAGUCUUAAUCAAUAACUGAUAAUUCUGAAACUGUUUAAAUUGUGUUUAAACUUUGCUCUGACGCCUCUAUGCAAACACCCACCUGUGUUAUUGAUCUCUGUUUACCUGUUAUUGAUUUAUUAGUUUAUGUGUUAUUGAUGGUAUUAUUAUCGAUACCGUGGUGUCUGAUGAGAGAUGAUCAGAUGUAUUGAUGAUUGAACGGAACAGUUGGAGGAUCAGAAUCUUUUUUUCAAACCAACUCAUAAAAACUUUUCUUUAAUAAACAUUUUUAUAUUUGUGAGUUUGUUUGUUUGUUGACGAGCGACAGAAGUGAUGAAGACUCGUUUGUCUUCAUCAGACUGACGAUUAUUAAAUGUAAUAAAACAGAUGAAGGCUCCAAUCACAGGAACCGGAUGUUUACAGGUUUUAUUCCGCCGUGAGGAAACUUUAUACGAAAUGAAAUUAUAUUUCCUCCAUGAUGACACAGAAAAUAUAAAGUCUGUAAAAACUAUAGAAAGUAAGUAAAGUUUAUAGAUGUACGGUAAAUAUAAAGUAAAUAUAUUAAGUCUAAUUAAAGUCAAUAUAUAAAGUCUCUGACAGCAUGUGUUUAUGAGACUGUAUGAAUAUUAAUAUCAAGCGGUGACGAGUUGGUUUGAUAAAAACUUUUCUGUGGGUUUCGUCUGUUUGACGAUAAAAGAAGCUCUUAAUGUGAAAUCAUGUCUGUGACAUCACUGUGGUGACCCUUGACCUUUGACCUCUUUAAAUCUUCAGUUUUCACAUUUGUCUUCCAUUUCCUGCUCUGUGAUGUCAUCACAAAGUCAGCUGAUUGUACAAUAAACAACUUUUUUCUA